CCGAGGCGAGCGCACGUCCGCGCUGCGCGUUUCCAAUUUACUAUUACGCGUAUCUCCGUAAUAACUACAUCGAACUCAUUUGUCAUUUCAGUCGUAAUCUAGACAGUGUGUGAGUGCUAAUGACCUUCGUUAUGAGGCAUUAUCUGUGAUAUGUGAUUUAACUUUUUUGUUUCGAAAACUUAAUGAGGAUGUAUGUCUUAUUGGCAGUUCUUAGCCUGUUUAUUCAAGAAUCCCUACUUCUCCGGAUAGUUCGGGUGUCAGUGCCCUCAUACAGGAUCCGGGGACAAUCGGCACAACUGGAAUGCGACUUCGAACUCGGCAGCGACAAAUUGUACUCCGUCAAAUGGUACAGGGACAAUGAGGAGUUCUACAGAUACAUGCCAAAGUUCGAUCCUCCGAAACACGCAUACAAACUCGACGGGAUCAAAGUUGAUCUACAAAAAUCGGAUGACAGCAGAGUGGUGCUGCACCAGGUGACCCUCAAAUCUACGGGGCUCUACCGGUGUGAAGUGUCGGCGGAGGCGCCAAGCUUCGCGUCCGCGGCCGGUGAAGGCCGGAUGGAAGUUAUCUACCUGCCUCGGGAAGGGCCGAGAAUAAGCGGGAAUGAGCAGGAGAACAGAAAAGGGGACUCGUUAUUCCUAAACUGUACUUCAGGACGAUCGUACCCUGCGGCUGUACUUAGCUGGGACAUAGAUGGAGAAAAGGUCGCAGACUCAAACCUCCUCGUGGAAUACCCACCCACACAGCAUGCACAUGGUCUGCUUUCGACGGCCUUAGGUCUUCAUGUGCCAUUGGGGCGAACGAUGCAGGUGCGGUGUACAGCACGCGUCGCUCCUUCUUGGCGGGAAGGCAGCGAGGCUGUAGUUGGUAGUCAACUUGCCGAUAGCAAGGAGGCGAUGUUGCUAGUGAGGAGUUCUACGAGCACGUCGACACCCAGUCUUCAUCUAACAUUGUUAACACUUUCCCUUGCCCUCUACUUCCCUCUAAUUAAAUCAACAACGUGAUGAAUUACCUCUGGUAUUUUAUUAACAAAACGUGAUUUAGUAAUCAAAGGCUCUGAGAAUUUAUCCCCAGUGGACUAUGAAUAAGGAUAGUCAAGUUAUCGUGUAAUGGGUUUAGUCGGAUUUUAGUUUCGUUGAGAUUUCGUUACUUGCGUUGCAUAGUAAUGUUGCUGUAUUGUUCAAAUUAUCAAUAGCUACUGAGAUUACCAUGGCUUGGCAAAUAAGAGUGCGACCACAUGACAUUUUGAGCGAGCGUUGCGACGUCGUGGCAUUGAUUACGUUUAAGUUGCAGCGUUGCGACGUAGCAACGGACUGGUAACGCGCGUGUUGUCUCUCUAACAUACUGUCUAAUUAAUAAAAUGUUUGGGUAAUUAUGGUGGUAAGAAAUAUAUUCAUGCACAGUGAUACAAUGAAUAAAUUGAUAGCAUAAAUAUACAAAUGAAAUUUAGUUUUGCUUCAUGAGCCGUGGUAGCCCAGUUGGAGAACGCUUGACUCUCACGUUGAGGUCACAGGUUCAAAUCCCAGCACAGGCCUAAACCAAUGAUUUUCAAACUUGUCUUCGAAUUCAUAUUUGGAUCAUAAAUGAUUAUCACGCGCACAACGGUGAAUAAACCCACACCUUUCGUGAGGAAACCCACAUUCCAGAGAAAUGCGUUUCAGCGGUAUGUGACCUAACCUGUAUUGGGCUGGUUUUCCCUUCGGGUUGGAAGAUCCGACAGGCAGCCUGUCGAAUCUUCAGGUUAGGUAAGCGGACCCUGUGAAAACAGUAUAACGCUAGGAAGAUGAUGGGUUUUGCUUAAUAAGUGUGGUGGGUUGGAAUUUCUUUACAAGUCAUUUUUAUUAUUGAAAUAUUACGCUAGAAAUAAUACCAUAUUUUUUUUUUAUGGACCAAUAAACAUAUCAGAUUUUGCUUUUUCAUAGAUACUUAGCUCAUAAAUACUGUGAUGGAUCACUAUGUAUCACAACGUCAAUCCAUAGAUUGUGAAUAAACCAAUUAUACUUGCACAAAAUAAACAUAGUAGGUACUUACAUAAUCACUGUGAACUUAAAAAGCUAUACGUAUCAAUAGUCAAUUAUACCUACUUUAAGGCUCAGUCUCUUAAACUUGACAAUAAAUUAUUUCUUAAUAAAAAAAAUGCUAAACAAUGGAAAAGGUAUUUUUUAAGAAUUUAAAUUAUUUAAUUUGAGCAUUACAGCAGCACAUUUAGGUAACGUUUUAGGAAAACCGUUUCGUGCAAUGGAACAUCGAGUCACAAAAAAUAUUAUGUGUAAUUAUGAAUGUAUCUAAGCUGGAUCCAGUGAUCCAUAUAAUGUAUAUUUUUCCGUAUUAGUAUCACCGAGGCGUAUCAUGACGUCAUAACGAUACAAGGACAUGAUUCGGGGACACGAUACGCCGCAGUGAUAAAUGUGGUAUGGACCAAGCUUAAUAUAAUGUUCCAAUGCGCUAAAAUCACCACGUCACGUCAGGUUUUCUCAAAACGCCGCCUCUUACUUACUUAAAAUGGAAUUAGGUAGUCAUUCAAUUUAAAAAUCUUUAGUCAAAUUGAUAAGUAAUUGAAACAUAUCUGUAACUGAAUUGUUAAAAUAGUACUUAUUACGUUUCAUUUGAAGAUCGCAUUAUUGUAUUUUUGUAGCGAAAGCCGUUGACUUCAAAUAUUUAUGUUUUGAAAUAAAUUUUGAAGCUUUUUACAUACGUUUAUAAUGUAAAUAAGUAAGAAAGUCUAGAGUCGCCUUCUUAGGUAAUAUCUUAAUUUAACUGAUGUAAAUAUAACUCUAAAUAACUAUAAAUGGAACUUCUUUUGUAACAAAAUAUAUUAUAAAUAUAUAGAUUGUACAAACUGUUAUGUAGUUUCCUGUUCGUUAAAUGAUUUGACUGUGAAAUUUUCUAAAUUUUAAAAGAGCUAUUCAUGUUUAAAUCUUAUUGGCGAGACAAGUAUACUUUAUGCUUUAAAAUUUUUCAUCGAAUAUGCCUACUUAUAUACUUUCAAAAAGUAUAUAUUUAUUAAUUAUUCUUUUUUAAUAUUUGUUAACGUUCUAUUCAAAUCAGGUCUCAAUGUCAUACAUUUGGUACAUAUCUAAACGUAUCCCUUAUAAUAAUUUGCAUAUUUUUACCAAAUCCCAAAAUGUAAAUAAUAAAAGUAUAGAAACACAUUUGCUUUUGUUGUUUAUCGUGUAA